AUGUCCAUCACGAUCUGCCCGAACAAGGUUUCGCCAUCUGUCCUAGCGGCGCGUGAAGAGCUUAAUCGAGCUCUGGAAGCCAAGUAUAGUGAGACCAGACAAUGGUACGAGUACCCCAGCCCUGCCGACUACAGACGUGCAGAGCUCGAUGGGACGGCGGGGUUCGCGAAGCCAAUUUUUGACUCGGAAGCCAUUGAUUUCUUUCUCCCUUCAAGCCACGGCGACCAUUCAAUCCCCUUGAGGCAAUUUAUACCCAAGGGAAAGGGUUCUAAAGGUGUUUUCUUGCACUUUCAUGGAAUUGACUAUCGCAAAGCACCCGAGGAUCCUUUUCCCGCGCCCCUAGAUGAUGCCAUUGAUGCUGCGCUCUUUGCUUUGUCCCCAGAUGGGGAACACAAACUUCAAGGCCCGCUCACCAUCAUAGGUGGUGAGUCUGCUGGUGCCUAUCUCAGCGUAUGGGUUACCCUGGAACUUCGCCGCCGAGGAAUAGAUGUCAUGAGUCGCAUCAAGGGCUUGGUGGCCUCGUAUGGAAUCUAUGACUUGACCUAUCUCCCGUCUGUCAGGAAUUAUUGCCGCCGUCUGGUGCUCAGUAAUGAGGACACGCCGCGCUUCAUUGAUACAGCAUUACCAAAGGACGUGUUUCCACUAGAUGUCCGAAAACAGCCUCACCUAUCGCCGUUAUAUGCUGAUCUGAAGGGCUUACCUCCCGCUUUGUUCCUCGUUGGCUCUGAGGACCCACUCCUUGAUGACUCUGUGUUUUUGGCCACAAAGUGGGGGAUGGCCGAGAAUGAAACAUCCUUGAAGAUUAUCCCAGCCGCGUUCCACGGCUUUACGUUGUUUUCUAUUGGCGAGAUGGCCGAUGAGGGCAUUAGCGAGAUUGUCAAUUUUGUGUCUGCCCUGUUAGAUGUCAAGGACUAG